GGACUUAGUGUAAAGGGAGAAUGAAGACAAUGCGCAUGCGCACGUGAAGGAUACGUCACCUCUUCUCCAACGAGCAGCCAGAAAGCGACGUGGCCCUCAUUCCGCUGACUGUCUCGUUGUAGUACCCGACCUCAGAAACAGCUUGAGCACCAUGGACCAGGUGAUGCAGUUCGUCGAGCCCAGCCGGCAGUUCGUCAAAGACUCCAUAAGGCUCGUCAAGAGAUGCACGAAGCCCGACAGGAAAGAAUUCCAGAAGAUAGCCAUGGCCACAGCAAUCGGGUUCGCCAUCAUGGGUUUCAUUGGUUUCUUCGUCAAACUCAUUCACAUCCCCAUCAACAACAUCAUUGUUGGUGGUUGAGUCCUGGUGAGGAGGGAAAGAAACUUCAAUACCCGGGGACAGGAGACAGUGAUGUAAAGUGUGAUUGGGGAUUUUUACAUUCUGUGCACAACAUUUAUAUUUCAACGUGUAAAUAAAACAAAUGGAAAACACA